UUUAACAUUAAUUGUUCUAAGUUUUAUCUCCUUUACCAACACAACUAUUAAUAUUAUUUCACACCACAAAUAUAUAUAUACACACAUAUUUUCUUCAUUAUUCCCAUUAUUAUUGUUUCCUUCAAAAACCUUCUCUUCUCUUUUUCUUUUCUCUUAUCCUCUCUUUUCCAAUGGCAAAAGCUGCAAAACCACUUUCAGUACUUCUUCUUCUUCUUCUUCUUCUUCUUCUUCUAACCCUAUUUAUUACCUCUCUUUUCUCAACAAUGGCAGUGCAAGGAUUCUCCACUCGAGAUCGGCCAGUACCCCAAUUCUCUUCUCUACAACCAACAAUACUCCCACUCGAGGGUAGAAAAGAAAGGUUGAGGAAAUGGAGAAGGGUGAUGAUUGGUUCAACAGCACCAACAUGUACUUACAAUGAAUGUAGAGGAUGCAAAUACAAAUGUAGAGCUGAGCAAGUUCCUGUUGAAGGCAAUGACCCAAUUAAUAGUGCUUAUCACUAUAGAUGUGUUUGUCAUAGGAUUACAUGUUACAGCAUUUCACAUCAAGAAGUCCAGACCACAUCUCCUACCAAGCUCAUCAAAUAAUAACUCUUUACCUCCCAAAGAUAUAAACUGUCCACAAAGGAGAACUCUCUGCGAAAAAGCACCAUCAACAUCCGAAAUGCAAACAAAUACUCUCCACCAUCUAACUCCUCUGCAAAUAUGAAAGUAUAAUCUUCUGUGACACAAUCUUUAAAAUCAAACUUCAAACCCAAAAAGAACCACGAAAAGUGAGAGUAGUACGGACAAAAAUAUUGUGAGUAAUGUGAAAUCAAUAUUUGGUAUUUUAUGAGAAAUACGUAUAUGUUGUAUUUUAAUUCAACUCUCAAAUCAACUUUUGGAAAAGAA